CGACGACCCUGUUCAGAGAGGGAUUCGUUCAUCCGGUUCACGGAGACAGCAAUUAAAGGGAGAGUGACAGAAGAAGAAGAUGAAAUAACGGUGAGAGAGAGAAUGUCGAGAUCGUCGGCUUCCAAGGACGCUCAAGCCCUUUUUCGCUCUCUCAGUUCUGCCUACGCCAUCACUCCCUCUAACCUCAAGAUCAUCGACCUGUAUGUAAUGUUCGCGGUCUUCACCGCUCUGAUUCAGGUAAUCUGCCUGUAUCUGCAAUCCUUGUCACUGAUUAGCUUGCUCAUUGUUGACUAUGAUCGUGAAUUAUGUAUUGUUCCUUUAGUACACAUUGUGUACUAGUUGAUUCGAUUAACCAUAAGCAGUGAUCUUUCUUAUUUUCCCAAAUGUUUAAUUGGGAGAGAAACAAGGCUAAAUUCUUGAAUUAUAUCCAGGCCAAAACUUAAUUUUGUUUGGGAAGCUCAUUUUUUGCUUUGUAUUUUGAUGAUUGAUCUGAUUAGAAGUAGGCUGCAUUUGACAGCAUAAAAUCCACAAUUCAUACCAAAUAAACCCUUUGCUCAAGUUAUUCGGUGCUAGUUAGUUGAAUCAUUUUUCGUUCUAAGCAUGAAAUCCACAUUAUAUGCAGCUCAGCAAUGUAGAGACCCUUGUCCCUUUUUUUGUUUUUUGUUUUUAUUUUGGGGAGAAUGGAAGAGGGGAAAAAGGGGGGAGGAGGAAUACUUGGCCAUUUUAUUUUCUCAAGCUUUGAGUAUUCCUGGUCUAUGUUACUGGUGAUCAGGUCGUUUACAUGGCAAUAGUUGGAUCAUUUCCUUUCAACUCUUUUCUCUCUGGAGUGUUUUCUUGUAUAGGAACUGCAGUCCUUGCUGGUAAGCAGAAUUAUAUUGUAUUAUUUGUCUCUGUAUAUUUCUUCUUCCAUCUAGGGAGGCUGACACAUUUUGGUUUCUUUGGCCACAGUUUGUCUCCGUAUCCAAUUUAACAAAGAAAACAAGGAGUUUAAGGAUUUACCACCCGAGCGUGCUUUUGCAGAUUUUGUUCUUGGCAAUUUGGUGAUUAUGAACUUCCUUGGAUAAAUAGGGUGACUUUAUGCCUUCAAUAAUUUUGUUUCC